AGCAGCAGCAGCAGUACAACCAGCAUCCACUUGAGGAUCAGAUACCUUAAAAGCAACCGCAACAGGAGCAGGGACAAAAGCAACAACCAGAAGCCUCAUCAUCAGCCAACAGGAGGAGCAGCAGUAGCCGCAGCACCACUGUGUCACCAUCAUCACCAUCAUCAACAACAUGUCGUCCAACGAACCACCACCUCGCUACGAGCCGCCUGUGGAGCCGGUCAAUGGCAUUGUGCAGCCAGCGGUUGUGCCUCCAGUUGAUCGACCCGGCCGCAAUACAAAUCAAUUGCAAUUCUUGAUCAAAACCGUAAUGAAGAUGAUAUGGAAACACCAUUUUGCGUGGCCCUUCCAGCAGCCCGUCGACGCGAAAAAGCUCAACCUGCCCGACUACCACAAGAUCAUCAAGCAGCCGAUGGACAUGGGAACGAUCAAGAAGCGACUGGAGAACAACUAUUACUGGUCGGCGAAGGAGACCAUCCAUGACUUCAAUACCAUGUUCAACAACUGCUAUGUCUACAACAAGCCCGGCGAGGAUGUGGUCGUGAUGGCCCAGACGCUGGAGAAGGUAUUCUUGCAGAAGAUCGAGACGAUGCCCAAGGAGGAGCUUGAACUGGAGCCGGCCACGGCCAAGGGUGGCAAGAAGAAGGCACGUGCCCCGGCCACGCCCAAGUCUGGAUCAGGAGGCGGAGGUGGAACGGGAUCAAGCACGGGUGCAGCUGUCGCCAAUAGCAACACUGGCAGCAGUAACAGCGGAUCUAUCAAUAAGGUAGCACCAUCGGCCCAACAGUUGCCCAUCAUGGGCAGCGGCCUGGCGGCACAGUCAACGGGUGCAGGAGGCCAUGGAUCAGCGACGGGGUCGGGGACAACAUCCCGACCCGUAUCAGCGAUGGGCGGAACGGUUUCAUCGACGGCCGGCGGCGGCGGUGCACCGUCCAUACCACCGAUUAGCACAAUGCCUCCGCACACAGUCCCCGGCAGCACCAACACCACGACGACGGCCACGACAAUGGUCGACGCCAUUAUAGCCAGCCUUCGGAAUCCCAGCCAGGCCGCAUAUCCGGGCGCUACCCAGGCGGCGGCUAACAGCUCCUCCCUACUGGACGGCAGCAGCAGUGCGGCAGCAUCGGCGGCGGCAACAACAGCAGCGGCGACGGCAGCAGCAGCGGCAGCAGCAGCAGCAGCGGCGGCGGCAGCAGCAGCAUCAUCAUCUGGCGGUGGAGCGGGAGCUCCCGGUACAGUCAGUACGGCGGGUGGUGUGACAAUACCAUCCGUCAAUACCACCACCAAUGUGCACUCCUCCUACGUGAACAGCACGGCGGGCGUCGGAGUUGGUGUGGAUGCGGUUAUACCGCCCCAACAGCCGGCGAAAAUGAAGAAGGGUGUCAAACGGAAGGCGGACACAACGACGCCGACGGCCAAUGCAUUUGAGUCGCCCUACGCCCAAAUGGACUCCAAGUCGGCCAAGAUAGCGACGCGAAGGGAAUCGAAUCGUCAGGAUCUUACAUUCCAGGGCUCGGGAUAUGCGAUGUCGCCAUCGAUGGGUGUCGUGCCUGGAUUGGCGGCGGGUGUGGCCGCUAGUGUGGCGGCGGCCAAGUCAAAGGAGAAGCUGUCGGAUGCACUAAAGUCAUGCAACGAGAUCCUCAAGGAGCUGUUCAGCAAGAAGCACUCGGGCUAUGCCUGGCCCUUCUACAAGCCGGUGGAUGCGGAAAUGCUGGGCCUCCAUGACUACCACGACAUCAUCAAAAAGCCCAUGGACCUGGGCACCGUCAAGCGGAAAAUGGACAAUCGGGAGUACAAGAGCGCACCGGAGUUUGCGGCCGAUGUGCGAUUAAUAUUCACCAACUGCUACAAGUACAAUCCGCCAGAUCAUGAUGUUGUGGCCAUGGGCCGGAAGCUGCAAGACGUCUUCGAAAUGCGCUACGCCAACAUACCCGACGAACCGGUCUCUAAUGCGGCCCAUCAUCAUGCACAUACGCACGGACAUGGGCACGGCCAUGGACACGGCCAGAGUCACGGUCACGGGCAUGGGCAUGGGCACGGUGGCUAUUCGAGUGCUUCCCUCAAGCACGAUGGCAGCGACUCGUCCAGCGAGGACUCCAGCGGCACAGAGAACGAGUCGAACUCGGACGAGGAGCGCAGCGCCAAGCUGAAAAUGCUCGAGUCCAAGCUGCUCGGUCUCCAGGAGGAGAUCCGAAAGCUCUCCGAGGAGGCCUCCGCAAAGAAGAAGGCCAAGAAAAAACUCAAAGAGAAGAAGAAGAGCAUCGGUGGGGGCUCUGGUUCCGGCUCGGCCUCUCAUCAUGCCCAUGCCUCGGCUGGUGGUGGCGCAGGUGGUCCGUCCGCCAGCCAUGGUGGCGUCUCUGUUCCGGCCAGCGUCGUUGCCCUAUCGGCGGGCGGAGCAGCGGGACCCAACCUAUCGGCCUUACUCAGCGGUUCGCUGGUGGGCGCGAGCGGAGCGGGCGGCGGAGUGCCCAACGUCUCGGCCCUUCAUUCACUCGCCCACGACAUGACCCUUGCCAUGAACCAACUGACGGGCAAUGCGGCAGCGACCGGAGCUGGCUUUACGGCCGGCAUACCGCCACCGGGACCAGCGCCAGGCGGCAAGGGGGCCAACAUGGCCAGCGCCAUGGCUGCGGCGGGAGCGGGACCAGGGGCUUCUGGGGGAACCGGCGGCAGCAGCAAAUCGAAGAGCAAGGGCCAGCGCGGUAAAGGAAGCUCGAGCAAUGCGGGAGCGGGCGGAGCAUCCUCUGGAGUGACGGUCAACGCGGGCAGCGGAAUCGGCGGUGCUGGCGCAGCGUCCAGCGCUGGCAGUGGCGGUGGCAGUGGGACUACUGGCCCCAGCGGCAAUUCCUCAAAGCGGGGCAAGGGUAGUAGUAGUGCCGGCGGUGGUGGUGGCGGCAGCAGUGGCAGUGCGGCCAAUACCACCAGUGCGACCGGUGCCGGAGCGCGCGGUAGCAGCAAGAAGAAGCCCAGCCAGGUGAUGAACUUUGACUCCGAGGAGGAGGACACGGCCAAGCCCAUGUCGUACGAUGAGAAGCGACAACUCUCACUGGACAUCAACAAGUUGCCAGGCGACAAGCUGGGGCGAGUGGUGCACAUUAUCCAGAAUCGGGAGCCAUCGCUGCGGGACUCCAAUCCGGACGAGAUAGAGAUCGACUUUGAGACGCUGAAGCCGUCGACGCUGCGCGAGCUUGAAAGCUAUGUGGCGUCGUGUUUGCGCAAAAAAACACAUAAAAAGCCUUCCGGCAAAUCGAAGGAUGAGCAAAUGGCGGAAAAGAAGCAGGAGCUGGAGAAGCGGCUGCAGGACGUCACCGGCCAGCUGGGUGCAAGCAAGAAAAACGCCAAGAAAGAUGAUUCCACCUCAAACAAAGUGGAAGCUGUGCAGCCAGCGAAUCCCGUGUCGUCGAGUUCCAGUUCCAGCGAUUCAUCGUCCUCGAGUUCGAGUGAUAGCAGUUCGAGUGACUCGAGCGACAGUGAAGCAGGUGAUGGAGACGAACGACCUCCGCGCAAAAAGAAGCCACGCGACUCGAAUGGCAGCAAUGUAAAUAAUCCCAGCCUCAGCGUUGUUUUGGGAGGAACCCUGCCGAGUGGCGGCUUGACGCCGACGCUCCUUCACAUGGGCCUGGACCACGUGCUCAACGCAAACUCACCCACAUCACAAAUGGCCAAUCUGUUGGGCAAUCCGAAUCCCUUGACGGCGGCUGCCAUGCUGAACAAUAACAACAAGACGACGUUGCAGGUCGGCGGCAGCUUCGGCGGCGCCUCCGCGGGCGGCAACAACAGCAUGCUGCACGGCCAGGUUGGCGCAACGGCGCACCACAAGAACGGACAAAACGACCACCUAAUGACUAGCAAAAUGCCGCCUGGCGGUGGGGCUGCCGGAGCCGCUUCCCUGCCGCCCCACAGCUAUGCCGGUAGCGUGCCCACCCAGGCCGCAAGUCUGGGCGGAGGGGGCAUACGGAUAGCCAGUAAUCUGCACAAGCAACCCAAUCUGCCCGGCGGCGACCUGGUCGAGAAUAACGCGGCGCUGACCGCUGCUUUGACGUCGACCGUCAACAGCAACAGCGGCAGCGGCGCUGGUGUGGGAGUGGCCGCCGGCCUGAGCAACACCAGCAGUGGCACCGCCUCGGGCCACACACACAACACCAACACAAUGGGUGGCCAGGGGGAUGGCUUGCCGGGUGCCUCGCUGGCAUCGGGCCUCAAGCAAAUCCCGCAGUUCGACGAUCCCGUUGAGCAGUCGCUGGCCUCCCUGGAGUUCAGUGCGGCAGCGGCCUCCACGGGCAAGUCGGGCUUAACCGAUAACUUUUUGAUGGCCCAGCAGGGACACCUAAUGCAGCAACCUGGUCUGCAGCAGCAGCCGCCCUUUGGACACCACCAACAGCAGCAGCAACAGCAGCAACAGCAGCAGCACCACCCUAUGGACUACAUGACGGAACUGUUGACAAAGGGUACAGAGAACGUGCCCGGUAUGAACGGAAACCUUUUGAACUUCAACCUCGACAUGGCGGCUGCGGCGGCCUACCAACAGAAGCAGCACCAUGGCCAGCACACCCAGCAGCAGCAGCAGCAACAACAGCAGCAGCAGCAGCAACAGCAGCAGCAACAGGCGUCGCACAACAAUGGCUUCAAUGUGGCGGACUUUGGCAUGCCAGGAUUCGAUAAUCUGACUGCAACAGCAUUCCUCGACCUGGAGCACACACUCCAGCAGCAGCACAUGCAGCUGCAACAGCAGCAGCAGCAACAGCAACAACACCACCACCAACAGCAGUCCCUUCAGCAGCUGCAUGCCCACCAGCAGCAGCUGGCCAACAAAAUGCUCCUCAUCAAACCGAUCGAGUCGAUGAUGCCCAGUCCGCCGGACAAGCUGAAGGUAAUGCUGAAGGUAUCCCAAUCGCCCUCCGACCUGAAGCUGCACUCAAGCCAGGCGGCGGCCGCCCAGAGUAUGCUGGCUCAAUCCUUCAAGGCGGCCGAGCAGAACCUGAAGAAUGCCAGCUCGUGGUCAUCGCUGGCAUCAGCCAGCUCACCGCAGAACACUUCGAGCAGUUCGAGCAGCAGCAAGCCCAAGCCGGCGAUGGACUCAUUCCAGCAAUUCCGCAACAAAGCCAAAGAACGCGACCGCCUCAAGCUGUUGGAGGCGGCCGAGAAGGAGAAGAAGCAUCAAAAGGAGGCUGCCGAGAAGGAGCAGCAGCGCAAGCAUCACAAGUCAUCCUCGUCCUCAUCCGCCGCACAGGCGGUCCAGGCUGCCGCUGCCGCUGCAGCAGUCGCCGCAGCAGCAGCUGCCGCAGCGGCAGCGGCAGCCUCCUCAACAAACAUCUCCACCGGAAAUGCGCCUCAGUCUGGGGCAGGACAGAUAAGCAGUGAUAGGGAAAGGUCCAGCAGCGCUGUGGAUGCCACCCGCAUGGGCAGCGGUGGGGGCGGCAACGGCGGUCUACUCCUACCCGGCAAUGGCAACAACAGCAGCAACUCUGCCAACAGCAACGGACCCGGCAGCGCGGGUAGCGGCAGUGGGGGCCCCGUCAGUGGUGGCCUAGCCAGUGGCGGCGGACCCAACAGUGGCGGCUGCAUCAUCGGACCAUUGGCAAAUACAGGCAGCAACAGCAACAGCGGCGUUGGCAGCGGGGCCACAAGCAGCAACAGCAAUAGCAGUGUGGGCGGAGUGGUCGGGAGCGGGGGGCCCGGCUCAAAUAGCCAAGGCAGUAGCGGUGGGGGCGGGACGAUGGGAAGCGGACUCCUAGAAUACGGCCCGCAGGUGGUGGUCCUCACUCAGGCGGCGGCGAAUGCCCAGGCCCAGCACGUAUCGACUACAAUGACGGCGCAGACCGUCCUGGCUUCCUCGCCCCUGGAGGCCAUGGAGAGUGGCAGGAAAAGCGUGCAUGACACCCAGUCCCAGAUAUCGCGUGUCGAGGACAUCAAGGCAUCGCCCGGCCAGGGCCAGAGUUCGCCGGCACAGCAAUCGCCGCAAGAUCGGGCAGCGGCCAAGCGUGCGGAGCAACGAAGAGCGGAGCAGGAGAGACGCAGACGCGAAGCGUUGGCUGGCCAAAUCGACAUGAACAUGCAGAGUGAUCUAAUGGCAGCGUUUGAGGAGACGUUGUAGGACAAGGCCUUCGGAGGACAGCAACGGACAUAUACGCAUCCCAGAACCAGCAUCCUCAUUGCUGCUCCGAGAAUGCCGUCGUCGCUUUCAAAGCGGCGGGCGGCGAGGACGCCAAAGCCUCUGCCAACACAGACAACAAUGGAGAGCAGCACCA